AUGUUCCCCAACAAAGCCGUGUUCUGGAAUGUGUUGCUGGUAGUUCUGGGCACAUCUUUUCGUUUUGGAUACAAUAUGACGAUUGUGAACCCAUUAAACGAUGUGUUGGAAGAGUUGAUGAAAGAUACCAUGGUUUCCAGAUACGACUGGGAUUUGAGGUCUCCAAAACAUCUUCAUUGGGUGGCCUAUAUUAAUGGCUUGACCGGCGGGUAAGUGAAAAAUAUAUGAUGUUUUUAAACUUUAUUAUUUUUAUACUUUCACUUAAAAAAUGUAAGUUAGAAGUGAUCAAUGUUUGUAUUUAGAACACUGUUUCUUGGCUGUGUGUUCGGAGUUCUUGCCUACGAUAAAUUAGCUAGUUGUUGUGGUAGAAAAACGAUGCUGUUAUUUGUGCAGGGUAUGAUGGUAGUAUUGUAAGUUUGUGUUACAGUUUCUAAGUAAUUUACAGUUCAGUGUUAGGAUUAGUGUCACGAUAUGCUUUAUUCGAAUUAUUCUUGAUUUCUCAGUUUGGUACUGGGUUUUUUCUUUCUUUUGGAAUGGCUACGGCUACUGCCUUUAUCAUGGUAAGUUUUGGUUGGAACUUUGUGUAUUAACGUGUUGAUUAUUUUUAAACGCCUUUUUUUGCUGAGUACUGUAUUUUCAGGAAGUAUCGCAUGCGCGACAUGUAAACUUUUUGAAUUGUAUGGUAGCUGUUGGGAUGGAAGGGGGAGAUGCUUUGGUUAAUUUGCUAGGAAUGAAAAUAUUUUUUGGUACUUCGGAAAAAUGGCUUUGUAUGAUCAUCAUACCAAUGAUUGUUAACGUCGUUUGGUAAGUAACAUUAAAUCUUAGUGUUUUCUUGAAUGAAUUUAUUUUUCUAAUCAAUUUGCAAUUAUUAGUAAACUGUUACUUUUUUAAAAUAAUUUUUUAGUUUUCUUGGGAUAUUUUUCUACAGUAAAGAAACUCCACGAUGGUUGUUGAAGGAAGGGCGACGAGAGGAAGCUUUAGCUUCGAUCGUGUUUUAUUUAGACGUUGCUGUUGAUGAAGCAGAGCUACAAUUGAACGCGUUUGCUCUUAGUGAAAACGAAAAAGUUAGUCUUAAGAGUAAUUUGCACAAUAUGCAGGCGUUUAGAGCGAAGCGAUGAAAAAAAACUAUAAUAUUGAUUUUGCAGGAAGUCAAACGACAAACAAUUCUGCAGACCUUCAGAAAUCCGAGAACACAAAAUUCAAUUGUAAUGACAACUUGUGCGACUGCAUGUGCUGUUAAUUCUGGAGCAAUGGCUGUCUCAAUCUUUGGAACGGCGAUAUUAACAAAAGAAGCUCAUUUGGACGAAGUAGGCAUUAAAAAAUUUUUUACAGCUUAUUUUAUUGGCUUUUUAAAUUAUCCUUUUUAAUAGGUCAUGAAAAAAAUUAAAUUUUUUAGACAACUUCUGGCUUUGUCAACUUUGGCAUAGCCGCUUCAUACUUUACUGGGUUAUUGGUAGCGUUAAUGUUUUUCACGAACAUAAACCACCGCUUACUUCUUCUGUACGGUAUUCCAUUAGUUACAAUGUGUGACGUUGUGUUCGCCAGCUUUUUGUUUACUGUAGGCAACAACAGUACUACGGUGUCGACAUUUGUUGUGUAUGGAAUGGGUGGUACUCUGUUCAGUCUUGCUUUUAUAUUUUCCAAUACUCUGGAGAAGAUUCAAUUUUUCAACGGCGCUUUAAUAACGCCAUUAGAAGCUAUCGACGCUACAGCGUCAAUGUCGUUUUUGAUGACUAACAUAACGGCAUUCAUUGUACCAUUGUUCUUUGCUCCUUUGAUGGAGAACUUCCAUAGUUUUGCGUUUUUGCCAUCUGUUUUUUCGAAUUUGGUAUUUUGGUUUGUGUUUUACAAGUAUUAUCCCCGCAACUCGCUAUACGAAGAUGUUGCGUUAGUGAUGGCGGCCGAAGAAAAGGCAAAACGAAAGAACUUUUCCUACGCGUGUUAUAGCAACAUUAUCAACUAA